AUGACAAGGAACCGCAAGCGCCGGAGAACCAAGGGCAAGGGCGAGGGCGACUUUGACAUCCCCAUUAGGAGCUUCGCAGCGGCGCAGGCUACCGUCGAGAACGUCGGCCCCGACACCACGCCGACUGAUCAAUCGCUCCCCGCCGCGUCGGCGCCCUCAGACACUGACAUGACCGCAGGCGACAAUACCGAAGAGACCAUGGCCGCUCAAACGGAGGACGAGGAGACCGAAGACAAGCCUCUCGAUAUGGCCGUCGUUGCUGCCGCCUUGAAGAAGGCGGUGAAUGACUGCUCGGAGGAGAAUCUCGCCGCCCUCCUUAAAACAGUUGACUACGACAUCGAGUCUCUGGCCAAGCUGGCGUUCAACGACGGAAGCUCGCUGAAGGCCUCCAGCCUUCUCCUGGGCGCCGCGGUCGUGCUGGCAGAAGGCAAGGCCAUCGAGGCGGAGACCAAGGCCGACGAGGCUCAUAUCAAGGCUACUGAUGCGGAUGGCGUGGCAAGUGAGGCACAGAGCUUGGCGAUCGAGGCCGAAGGACAUGCAGUCCACGCCAUGCUCGGCUACGAAGGCAUUAAGGAGCAGAUCUCGGGGAUUCAGCACCGCGUCUUGAUUCUUGAGAACAUGCAGGCCAAGGUGGACAAGAUGGAGGCCCGCCUCCAAGCUUUGGAACGGGAGAAUCUGAUGCUUCGAGAGAGGCUCAAGGAAGCCACUACUCGCCAGUGA